AUGCGUUGUGUACACAAUUCUGCCGUCACACCAGCAUAUAGCAGGAUCAACAGAUUAAAUAGUACGCAUGUAUGCAAGCUUCAAUUUCACAAUGAAGGCGCUCUAUAUAAGCACUACCAGGUUUCCCCGUAUAGGGAAAGGCACAUAUACUUGUAUUCCAUUAGUGCUGCUGCACCCUUAUAUCCUACAGAUACGUAUGGUCGGUACAAUGAUGCAGACAGAACGCGCUCUACAUUAGCUGUGGGCAAGUCUGAGACAUCGAAUGGUCGACAUGAUCAAACUAAAAUCAGAUAUGAUGCACGCUCGAGUGCACAGAGGUCAAGUACUGGGGUUAGAAGUACAGGAGGGAUGGACGAUAACCGACAAUCGAGUAUAGGGGUGGGUGAUAAAUAUAAACGAACAUACAUAGUAGUAGGCCAUAGACCGUCAAGCCCUAUGGUGGAGCGACGAAGUCCACCAUCGAAGUAUCACUCAAACCAAUCUCGUGAUAAAGGAUUAAAUGAGAAUACAUAUAGUACAAAAACUCCUACACACACACCGCCACGAAAAGCAGGUCACGAUAGCGUACCUGUCACGAACCUCGCACGCCUCUUCCGUCGCGUCAAAAACACGGGAAACUACAGUGAAGCAGCACUCACGGCAGACACGCUUAUUAAAAGUGGGAGACUACAUCCCAAGGAUGGCAAGUACGCUAUCAAAAUAUACAGACUGAACAAAGAGCCAGACAAGUGCUUGGAAACCCUGGAGUACAUGCACGCGAAGGUUUGGAGGGUGACAACCGAGGUAUAUAAUACAUGCAUCACUGCGCUGAGUGUGGGUGGUAGGUACCGUUCGGCCUCGUCGCUGUUUAUGGACAUGUCGGUACGGGGGAUUACACGGGAUGUGGUGACGUACAACGCCAUGAUCCAGAUGCUACUGAGGGCAGGGCAUUACGACAAGGCCGUGACUAUGUUCUUGGGGAUGGAGAGGGAAGGGUUAAAACGAAGUGUGUACACAUACACAUCGAUGGUGUAUGCGUUCAGUAGGGCGGGUCGAUGGUAUGAUACCAUGGUGUUGUUAGAGGAGAUGGAGCGGAAAAGGGUGCGUGGUAUUACGGAUUCCUACAACGCGGCGAUAGCGGCCUGUUAUACCGGCAAUCAGUGGAGGCGAGCUAUAGAUCUGUUACGGGAUAUGCACAGUAAGAACAUCGCACGGGAUACGAUAACAUACAAUUCCGCGAUCACCGCGUGUGGGAGAGGGAAUCAGUGGCAAAUGGCUGUGGAUUUACUCGACGACAUGGAGAGGAAGGGCAUCGCUAGCAAUACCAUCACGUACAAUGCGACCAUAUCCGCUUGCAGUAAAGUGGCACAGUUAACCAAAGCGAUGGAGAUAUUCGAUAUGAUGGAAAGGAAGGGUGUCCGGCGAAACACCAUCACAUAUAACGCUGCUAUAUAUGCGUGCGGGAGGGGAGGUCAGUGGCGAAGAGCCCAUGAAUUAUUUAACGAAAUGGAUGUCAACGGAAUCCGGAAAAGCACAUACACGUAUAAUUCUACGAUAGAUGCGUGCGGCAAAGGAGGUCAGUGGGAGACGGCGAUACACGUAUUCCGUAUGAUGGAACGCGACAAUCUCAUACCGAACACUAUCACAUACAAUACAGUCAUUUCUGCGUGCGAGAAAAUGAACCGUAUUUCAGAAGCCCUGGCCAUCUUCGAUGAAAUGGAGGAGAAAGCUGUUCACCGUAAUAUCAUUACGUACAAUGCUAUCAUAUCCGCGUGCGGGAAAGGCUCGCAGUGGGAGCGAGCGCUGCUCCUGUUCAAAGAUAUGGAGACAAGGGGUAUCAAACGCAACACAAUCACCUACAGUACUAUUAUAAAUGCGUGCGCGAAAGGGGAUCAAUGGCAACACGCCCUAGACUUAUUUGACGAGAUGCGCGUGAAGGGUAUUGCCCGCAAUACCAUCGUAUAUAAUACCACCAUAACUGCGUGUGAGAGAGCGGAGCAGUGGAGGGAAGCUAUAGAACUAUUCCUUGAAAUGGGGACGAAGGGUUGUGAACCCGACACCUUCACAUACAAUGCUAUAAUAUCCGCCUGCGCGAAGGGACGGCAAUGGACUAUCGCAAUGGAUAUGUUUAAUGAUAUGGAGAAAAGGGGUGUAGAACGGACUGCCGUUACAUACGGGUCGACUAUAUCGGCGUGCGAGAAAGGGGGACAGUGGAGCACGGCGCUACGAUUAUUCGAAGAGAUGAAAAUGAAGAACAUCCCGCGGAAUACCAUCACCUUCAACGCGACGAUUUCCGCGUGCGAAAAGGGGCGUCAGUGGGAGAAAGCAGUCGCGAUCUUCGAUGGGAUGAGCGCCGAGAAUGUCGAGCAGAACCCUGCCAGCUACAACGCGGUCAUGCAUGCUCUAGGCUUCGCUGAUAGCGCCUCUCCGCGUAUCGACGCCUUGUAUGAGGAGAUGAUCGCAAAGUUCACCCUUUAUAAAGAUAUCUGGAGCCGGUAUGACGCGAGUGGCGAUCUGGAUCUGCACGGGCAUUCGCAGUACCAGGCACAGGCGGCUAUAAGACGCCUGCUCAGGAUAUUGCAAGCCCAGAAGAGAGCAGAGUCGCUGAAGCAAAUCAUUGUGGGUUUGGGGGAGGGUAGAAGCACGGAACCGGUGCUGAUGAAGACGGUACAAACACAGUUGGCCACUUUGAAGACCCCCAUAGGCUCCUUCACAUCACCAGAUCACCGAGGAGUGCUACGACUGGUACGUAGCGACCUGGAUGAUUGGUUGAAGCAGAAUACAUAAAUAUAUAGAUACACGCAUGCAUAGCACGAGGUGUCCUGGGUGUCGCAGGAAUUUCAUACUGGUCAUUAGGACAGGCGCAGUUGCAACAGAUUGCUAUGUAUUUGUGCAUACACGUUGGAUCUAAACCUUGCAGGUGAUUUCAAAUGACUAAUAAAUAGGGGAAUCAGUGCCCGUUACCUGCAUAG